AUGCCAUCGUCAAUGUUCACCUCCACCACCGCACCAGUACUAGUCCCACCCAUAAAUUUCUCCCUCGUCGCACCAGGUAUAUAUCGAUCAGGCCAUCCCAAUCGGAAAAACCUCACUUUCCUAUCCAAGCUCAACCUAAGGGGUAUAGUCUACUUGGAGAACGAAGAUGAACCCUAUCGACAGGAUUCACUAGAUUUUGUCAAUAGCUCUCACCUCAACCUAUAUCGAUUUGAUCUAAGUAAAGAAUCGACAUUGUUUACUCCAGAGGGUAAACAGAAACUGGAAAGUUUGUUGGUAAAACUGUUAGAUAGACGGAACCACCCUUUGUUGGUACAUGACGAUACGGGUAAAGGGACUGCUACGUUGAUUUGUGCUUUGAUAAGAAGGUUUCAAAAUUGGAGUUUGACGGGUGCGUUCGCCGAGGGAGAUAUGUUUGCUGGACCUGCGGGUGGGGCGGAGGGGGUUGGAUUGGGUGAAGCUGGUAUGGAAUUCAUAGCAUCAUUCGAUCCGAAGAAAGUCAAUUAUGACAGAAACCAUAAACCCGAUUGGGUGGAUUGA